UAUAUAUAAGAUUUGAGGUUUACACUGGUGACUAAGUGAUUAGUAGGUUGGGUGUUUGGAGGCAGCAUGUUGUUCAAAAAUGUCAAUAAAUAUCUACCACACUAUACCUUGUAACAUCCCGCAGGACAGUAAGCUUUGUGUAAGAUAGUUCCAUGACCUCUUCUCAGAAGGAAAGUAUGGUAUCAUUACAAUAUGAAUUGUGGAGGUACUGCUUUGGUGAAAAUUAACUUAUACCUAGCUGGCAAUGUUUACUCAUCCAUUACACAAUUUACUUGUUUGCUUUAUGAGAAAACUUUUUCUGCCAAGAAGUGAUCCAGCUCAGUGAUUUAACUUUCACCAGUACCUGUGACUUUUUUUGUUAGUAUAGUCUGAAUUCAGUUUCACUUUCUACAGUGGGAAACAAAUGGUUUACAAUAAAAGAUAGUAAAAACUGUUGUAAUUCUUGCACUGGAAUAACAUUGCUUAAGAGCUUGGGAUUUUUUUUUAUGUUCUGAUAUCUCCUUGCAGCUGUUACCAGUUAGCGAAGCUGCUUUUUCUCUGUUGUAUGCAAGGAAUUGCUUUCCUGUGCCAUCUCCUAAUGGUCAGUAUAGAAGCUUGUGGGGUAUAUAAAUGCACAAACAUCCAGUGAUAUUGCAUUCAUUUUCAAGGAGAACAUCAGGGAUCACCAUGACUCAAGUGGUAAGUUUCUGCCUAUUAGUAGGAACAUUUUGCAUUGCUCUAAGUGCAGCAGUUCCAUAUCGUCAUAGGCUUCAGCUGAUUCCAUUAGUAGGAGAUCAACAAGUUGAAGAAUCUGCCUUUGUGCCUAGGACAGUUCUUCCAGCCAGCGACCUGCAAGCUGCAGCCACAGGACAUGGUCACUAUGGAAGAGUACAGAUCAAAGUUUACCGUGGACCCUCAGCUCAUGGCCACCAUGAUCAUUUCGCACCUCAUGGAUUUUGGGUUAAACAGCCAGCUGAUGAUUACCAUCACUAGUCAACAACAGUAACUUCAGUCUGUCACAAACAAAUUAUGUUUAAACACAGUCACAUUCACACUACUUUGUUAUGUUUGUAUUUUGUUUUAUACUUGUUCAGUAAUUUCUUAUUAAAAUGUUUUGAAAUGUG